UGAACCAAGGAAGACGCUAAAGUAGCCUCAGCGCUGGCCUUACAGAUUACAUGUCCACAAAAGACAAGCGUUGUCGUUGCAGUUAAGUGGUGAAAACCGGCGGUCUACACAUCCAAAGGGGAAGUACCUUUGGCCUGCAACAGCGUGGUGUUCAACAACAAACUUUGCUAUGGGCAAAAAGUCUCGCGACGAGGAGUCCUCAUCCUCUGAUGAGGAAGAAUAUGUUGUGGAGAAGGUGCUGGACAGGAGGGUGGUGAAAGGCAGGGUCGAGUUCUUUCUCAAGUGGAAAGGAUACUCAGAUAAGCACAACACCUGGGAGCCAGAAAAGAAUCUGGAUUGCCCUGAGCUUAUAUCUGAGUUCAUGAAGACCUACAAGAAAAGCAGUGGUGGAAGCUCCACACCUAGCAGCGGGGGCAGCAAAUCAAGCGCAGGCCCCUUGGGACGCUCCAAAGACUCGAGUAGCUCGAAGAAGAGAAGCUCGGAUGAUGAUGAGGAGGGUGGAAGUAAACCCAAAAAGAAAAAAGAGGAUGACAUUCUAGUUGCUCGGGGCUUUGAGAGAGGACUUGAGCCAGAGAAGAUCAUUGGAGCAACUGAUUCAUGUGGAGACCUAAUGUUUCUUAUGAAGUGGAAAGACUCUGACGAGGCUGAUCUCGUGCUUGCCAAGGAGGCCAAUCAUAAGUGCCCACAGAUUGUCAUAGCCUUCUAUGAGGAACGUCUCACCUGGCAUGAAGACACUGACAAGAAGGAGAAAGGUGCUGUAAGCGCGUGAGUGCAUCACCUCAGGAGGAAACGGGACCUCCUCCACUGCAGGGACAAGUUUGAUUCAGACAUUUUUCACACCAAACCUCCCAUUCUUCCUCUUUACCAUGUCCAACAACAACACAAAGACAGCGGACACAGUUGUGUUAUCUCCAUCCAUGCCCCAUUGGAGCACAAGGGCCCAGACUGCUGAGAAGGAUCCAUCAGACAGGAGGAGAAGCUGUAGCGGACAUGGGUGAUAUGCUACUGGGGAGGGUUUCUGCUGUUUUGUCUUUGUUUUCUUUACUGUUUUUUUUUUUUU